CCACUCACUAUCAACAGUGGAAAGGAGUGUUCAUUCGGAGCUGGGAUGAGAGAGCGAAGUCUUGAUUGGCUAGAGAUGUGCGGUCUGUCGUUCAGGCGCACCGGAGUUUAAAAACCUGAGCUACUGUACCUGUGACCCAAACAAAAGCUUCUCAUCACUUCUAUAGGAACCGUCACAGACAGCAGUAAUGAGGAAGUAUUGGAGGAGUUUCACAGACGCAAUAUUAAGAAACUUUCCGACAACUGGGAAGGUUAAGGAUGACCAUGAGAAACAUCAAAGGCAGCAACACGAAUCCAAUGUGACCAGCAGUGAUGAGAAUAUUGACCGUGGGAACUGGGCCAGUAAAAGGGAGUACAUGUUGUCCAUGAUUGGCUAUGCUGUGGGUCUGGGAAACGUAUGGAGGUUCCCUUAUUUGGCCUAUAAGAAUGGAGGAGGUGCCUUCCUCAUCCCGUAUUUCAUUAUGCUGGCUGUUGCUGGAAUCCCUAUGUUCUUUCUGGAAAGUUCCUUUGGUCAGUUCUGCAGCCAGGGUCCCAUCAAUGUUUGGAGGUCACUGCCCAUAUUUCAAGGUGUGGGUGUAGCCAUGGUUGCGGUCAGUGUGUUAAUGGCCAUCUACUACAAUGUCAUCAUUGCCUACAGUCUCUACUACUUGUUUGCUUCCUUCCAGUUCCCUCUGCCAUGGAGCGACUGUUUCGACUGGUCCAACACCAACUGUAGUCUCACACCAAGAGAGGUGUGCAACAUUACAACUGCCGCCAGCUGGAGUGAGCCAAUUCUUACAGGCAAUAUGACACUGUGGGAGAAUCACACCUGUCCAGAGAAAGACAUCAUCAGCAUCCCAAUACAGAGCCCCAGUGAACAGUACUGGGACCUGGUGACCUUACAAAGGUCUAGUGGUCUAGAUGAGACUGGCCCAGUGGUGUGGCAUCUGGCUCUCUGUCUGCUGUUGGGAUGGCUGCUCGUCGCUGCUGCCCUUUACAAAGGCAUCCAGUCCUCAGGCAAAGUUGUGUAUUUCACGGCUACAUUUCCCUAUGUGGUGUUGCUGAUCCUGCUGAUUCGAGGGUUGACACUAGAAGGCGCCAGAGAUGGGAUUGAGUUUUACAUUGGCUCCAAGUCAAACCUCACUAAACUGGCUGAGUCAGAGGUGUGGAGAGAUGCGGCGACACAGAUAUUCUAUACUCUGUCCUUAGCAGGGGGUGGAGUUACAGCCCUGUCCUCUUAUAACAAGUUCCACAACAACGUGUUCAAGGACGCACUCACCGUUUGCCUCACCAACUGUGGUACUAGUGUGUUGGCAGGCUUCACCAUCUUCUCCAUCCUAGGUCACAUGGCUCAUGUCUCUGGAAAGCCUGUAUCAGAGGUGGCCCUGUCAGGUUUUGGACUAGCCUUUAUUGCAUACCCAGAUGCCUUGUCCAAGCUUCCCAUCUCUCCUCUCUGGUCCAUCCUUUUCUUCUUCAUGCUGCUCACCCUCGGUCUUGACACGCAGUUCGCUGGUGUAGAGGUCAUCUCCACCUGCCUUGUUGAUGCGUUCCCUAAAACAUUGAAAUCAAAACGCCCCAUCAUCUCCGUGGGAACCUGCUCCAUCUUGUUCCUGCUCGGCCUGCCGUGCGUAACACAGGCAGGGAUAUAUUGGGUGAUUCUGAUGGAUCAGUUUGGUACUGGCUUUGUUUUACUGAUCACUGCUCUUCUAGAGCUCAUUGGGGUCUUCUACAUCUAUGGAGGAAACCGUUUCAUUAAGGACAUAGAGAUGAUGAUUGGGACAAGGCACUCUAUCUUCUGGCUGUGGUGGAGAGCAUGUUGGUUCUUCAUCUCUCCCGCCAUCAUCACUAUGAUCCUGGUGUGGUCAUGGUUGACCUUCCGUCCCCCGUCCUACGGUACUGUGCAGUACCCUGCAUGGGGUGUGGCUCUUGGCUGGUGUAUGAUCACCUUCUGUCUCCUCUGGAUCCCCCUCGUCGCUGUCUGGAAAAUAUUCCACGCCCAAGGAAAUCCCUGGAAGCGUCUGUGUGCUGUGUGUUCUCCAGUGGAGGGUUGGGGUCCGUACCUGGAUGUUCACCGGGGAGAGAGAUAUGCAGAUGGAGGACAGGUUGACGGGAAGAACUCUGUCCAGCUGCCUGAUAAUGUUUACUACAUCUCCAACGACCAAACACAUCUCUAACCCCCUGGUGUUAGACCCCCUGGCUCUACAAUCCGCUAGGAGAGUGACAUGUAUAAAAUAAAGCUGUUUUGCUGUUCCCCACGAGGAAGAUCGGGUUAGGGUAGUCUCGCCAGGACAUACCUCCAUAUCUCGUCAUGCCUCCUGAUUGGUGUUAAGGUUAUGUUUGCGAUUAUUGUUUCUGGUUAGUUUUAGGGUUAAGUUUGGUUUUUGGGAACAUUGGAUUUUGAAUAGAUGUAACUGUCCCCACAUGGAUGAACCUUUUAAAAAUGUGUUUGUGUAUGUGACUUUUUUUAACAGUGCAUUUUUGUUAAGAUCUUACUGUUUGAUUUUGGUUAAGGUUAGGAUUAUGAAAAAUGUUGUCUCCAAUGUGAUAGCAGAGUAAAUACAGUUAGGUCUGGAAAUAAGUGGACACUGACACAAGUUAUGUUAUUUUGGCUGUUUACCAAAGUAUAUUCAAGUCACAGUUAAAUAAUGAAUUUGGGCUUAAAGGGCAGUGACUCAAAUUUAAUUUGAGGGUAUUCUCAUCCAGAUUGGAAGAUGGGUUUAGGAAUUGCAGCCCCUUAAUAUGUGAUCCUAGCAACGCCUUUGGUUUCAUACGAUUUUUUUGUUCAACCCCUUGAAUUAAAUCUGAAAGUCUGCACUUCAUUUGCAUGCCGGCUAUUUCGUUUGAAAUCCAUUGUGGUGGCGUACAGAGACAACAUUAUGAAAAUUGUGUCAGGGUCCAAAUAUUUCUGUACCUGUAUAUGUGUUUGUUGUUAAUAUCUGUGUUUUUCUAUAUGUUUUAUCUGUAUUUAUUUUGUUUCAGUAUUGCUAAUACCGGGCUCUGGUCAAUGAGAUUUGAGUCCCAUCUUGACUUAACUCUAUAAAGGUAAAAAAGUAGUUACUCUGUUGAGGGGCAGCUGGUCAAUGAUUGUUCAGUAAUAUUAGUAUUUCAAUUUGAGUGAUUUUGAUUUGGCUGUUUAUGUGUGUUUUCAUAUUGUCAUGAGGUUAGGCCUGAGGAAAAAAAUCUACCACUCUUUUGUCAAAUAUUAUUUAGUGAAGGGAUGUCAGAGUUAAUUUUGUCAUUAAUCCAUUGUUCCUUCUAUAAAUUAAUAUGCCUAAAAUAUUAAAAAGUGAUGUCAUGUAUAAAUAGAAAAGAAGCUUGUCCCAUGUUAAAGAGGAAAACCUGCCUCAUUCUAAUAAACUCCCCAACAUUGGGAUAGGAUUAAGAUUGUAACGCCACAGACACACCUGAACCCUGUUCAUCAAUGAUUUAACAAUUUGGACAAAACCAAUAGACAUGUCUGGUUCUUUAGAGCUGUGCAAAGUUGGUAGAGUAUUAUACCAAAUAAUUCACAAUGGUAAUGGCUGUUUAAUGUGCUUCCACCGUGUAUUAACUAUCUAAUGUAAAGAAAGAAGCAGAAAGCGUGAAUGUGUGACUCCACACCCAGACCCAAUGACCCGGGUCAAAAACUGUGAAUGAGUCUGUGAAUGAUUUACAAUCUGCUAUAUGUUACAGCCAUUUUGAAAUAACUACUGAAACAGUUUCGUAUUAAUCUUACCUACAUUAUAGUCAUAAACAUUUAUUUUGAUAUGGUGGAUGACUUUGGGACUUUUAUUUUAAAAGGCUAUUUGAGUGACUGGGAAAUGAGCAUGGAUGGUAGGGAGUGAUGUUAAUUACUUUGCUGUACUAAUUACUUUGUUGUACAAGUUCAAGUACUCAGUGAAUAAACUUUGGUUACAGUUA